CCUCUCCUUCUCUUCUCACCGCCAUCAUGCCCACCGCACCCCUCGACCCCAAGGCCAUUCUCGCAGUCGAUCCCUGGCUGGAGCACAAUGUGGACCAUAUCGUCCACCGUCACGAUCUCUUCAGGAAGUGGAAGGACACCAUAGACGAGAUCGAGGGUGGAUACGACAAGUUCACCAAGGGAUAUGACAAGUACGGCCUUAACGUCGCGCCCGAUGGCACCGUCACGUAUCGCGAGUGGGCCCCGAACGCAAAGGAAGCCGUUCUAAUCGGCGAGUUCAACAACUGGAAUCGGAUAUCGCACCCUAUGGUGAAGGACCAAUACGGUGUCUGGGAGAUCGUCCUGCCUCCGAAGGAGCCGGGCGUGUGUGCAAUUCCCCACGACUCUAAGAUAAAGAUUUCCAUGAUCCUGCCGACUGGCGCGCGGAUUGAGCGCAUCCCGGCAUGGAUCAGGCGCGUCACUCAGGACCUCAGUGUCUCUCCUGUGUACGACGCACGGUUCUGGAAUCCGCCAGCCGACCAGGUAUACAAGUUCAAGAACCCGCGUCCCCCGCAGCCCAAGAGUAUCCGCAUUUACGAGGCGCACGUUGGUAUCUCAACCAGCGAGCUCCGCGUCGGCACAUACAAGGAGUUCACGCAGAACAUCCUGCCCCGUAUCCGGGACCUCGGCUACAACACCAUUCAACUCAUGGCGGUCAUGGAGCACGCCUACUACGCUUCAUUUGGAUACCAAGUCACAAGCUUCUUCGCCGCCAGUUCUCGCUAUGGCUCCCCAGAGGAGCUCAAGGAGCUGAUUGACACUGCGCACGGAAUGGGCAUCACCGUGCUGCUCGAUAUCGUACACUCACACGCGUGCAAGAACGUGCUCGAUGGCCUCAACUUGUUCGACGGAACUGACCACCUUUACUUCCACGAGGGCGCGCGGGGCAGGCACGAGCUCUGGGAUAGCCGCCUGUUCAAUUACGGGCACCACGAAGUCCUCCGGUUCCUCAUGAGCAACUUGCGGUACUGGCUUGAGGAAUUCCACUUCGACGGCUUCCGGUUCGAUGGUGUGACUAGCAUGAUGUACCAUCACCACGGUAUCGGUGCGGGCUUCUCUGGAGGAUACCACGAGUAUUUCGGUGCCGCCGCAGACCUGGAGGCGAUCGUUUACCUUAUGCUCGCGAACGACGCCAUGCAUGAGCUCUAUCCGCAUACCAUCACCAUCGCCGAAGACGUCUCCGGCAUGCCGCUGCUCUGUGUGCCCGUGUCGAAGGGUGGUAUCGGUUUCGACUACCGGCUGUCCAUGGCCAUCCCGGACAUGUGGAUCAAGCUGCUCAAGCACAAAACGGACGACGAGUGGGAGAUGGGCAACAUCGUGCACACGCUCACGAACCGCCGUUACGGCGAGCGGAGCAUCGCGUACGCGGAGAGCCACGACCAGGCGCUCGUGGGCGAUAAGACGCUCGCGUUCUGGCUUAUGGACAAGGAGAUGUACACGCACAUGUCAGACUUGUCGGAGUACACACCGGUCAUUGCGCGGGGUAUUGCGCUGCACAAGAUGAUCAGGCUGCUCGUGCACUCCUUGGGCGGCGAGGGAUACCUGAACUUCGAGGGCAACGAGUUUGGCCACCCCGAGUGGCUGGACUUCCCCCGUGAAGGGAACAACAACUCAUUCCAGCACGCAAGGCGGCAAUGGAACCUGACCGACGACCCUCUCCUGCGCUACAAGUACAUGAACGAGUUCGACAAGGCGAUCAACCAUACCGAGGAGCGCUACGGCUGGCUGCACGCGGAGCCCGCGUACGUCUCGCUCAAGCACGAGGGCGACAAGAUGAUCGUGUACGAGCGCGCGGGCCUCCUCUUCGUCUUCAACUUCCACCCCUCGCAGUCGUUCACGGACUACCGCGUCGGCGUCGAGGAGCCGGGCGAGUACACCGUCGUGCUCAGCAGCGACGAGAAGCGCUUUGGCGGGUUCGAGAACGUGCUCCCGGGCGGGUCGUACCUCACGACCGCGCUCGAGUGGAACGGGCGCAAGAACUUCACGCAGGUAAGUGGCGCGUCGGGUGGAGAGCCCAACAACGAGGGGUUUCUGAGGGCGCACGCUGUGCAGGUGUAUGUUCCGUCGCGCACUUGCAUCGUCCUCGCGAAGAAGUAGUCGGGCGGACCGGUGGUCAUGGUCGCUGGUAGGAUUGAAACGGAGCAGGAGGAAAUCCGGGAUGAUGAGCUGUAAUUUUGUGUGGGCCCGUAGCCGUCCCAUACGUUGUAUUAUACCGUGCUUUAGAGUCCCAAUAUGCCUCCAACAGUUCGAAUCCAAGAUGCGUACACGCC